CGCAAAGUCGAUAUUCCACUCCGGAGGCCCUGCUAUUACUGUACUGUUCCUUGCCAUCGUAGCUUCAUCGUCAGAUUCUUUGCCCGGGGGCUACUCUUCCGCCUGUUCCUUGACCUCUUGGGUAACUUUUCUAUCUUAUUCUUCUCGAAGGUCUUACGAGUCCGGCUGUGCACUUUCCGCUGCGCAUCAUCCUUGCAAUACCACUCUUUGCGGACAGUCGAGGAAGGAGCUGCUUUGUUCCUUCCCCGUCGAGGACGGAGACCAAAUAUUCAGCAUGGACAAUUUGGCUGGUCCUGACAUGCUGAUUGAUGGGUACGAUCAAUACAACCAGCAAGAGAACGAUGUCGUCAACAUUACUCCCGAGGAUGCCUCAGAAGAGCCCUCAGACACCCUGCCGAGGGCUGAUGACUUUGAGGCCAUGAAACGACAUGUUCUCGUCGAUCUACCUGAUACCGAAGCCGAAGCAGAAACCACCUCCACAUGGCAUAUUGAAAAAUGGCGGACGUUGUCAAGAAGAGAGCAUGGGCCGGUAUUCGAGUGUGGUGGCCAUCCCUGGCGCGUUCUGUUCUUUCCCUACGGAAAUCAGGUUGACUCCGCGUCCUUCUACUUGGAACAUGGCUUCGAAGGCGACCCUCCUGCGGAUUGGUAUGCCUGCGUCCAAUUUGCUCUAGUCCUCUGGAACCCGAAUGAUCCAACCUUGUUCCGCUCACAUUCUGCAACGCAUCGAUUCAACGCAAAAGAGGGAGACUGGGGCUUCACAAGAUUCGUCGAACUACGCAAAGCAUUCCAUCAACCGUGGGAAGAUGGGACAAGACAUUUGAUUGAGAAUGAUGAAGCCAAAUUGACCGCCUACGUUCGCAUCAUUAAAGACCCAACCGGAGUGUUAUGGCAUAACUUCGAGGGCUAUGACUCCAAGAAGGAAACCGGCAUGGUUGGACUGAAAAAUCAAGGUGCAACUUGCUACUUGAAUUCCCUCCUGCAGUCUCUCUACUUCACAGACGCCUUCCGAAAAGCUGUAUACCAAAUUCCUACUGAGCAGGACGCGAACAGAAGUAACAGCGCUUGGACAUUACAAAGAUUGUUCUACAAACUGCAGAAGGACAAGUUUGCCGUGUCAACGAAUGAACUUACAGCAUCAUUUGGCUGGGACACCCGCCAGAUUUUUGAACAGCAAGACGUACAGGAAUUGUCUCGAAUAUUGAUGGAAGUCUUGGAGAAAAAGAUGAAGGGUACGCCUGCCGAGAGAACUCUUCCAGAACUCUUCAUCGGAAAAACCAAGACUUACAUUUCUUGCAUCAACGUUGACUACGAGUCCUCAAGAAUCGAGGAUUUCUGGGAUCUUCAACUCAAUGUUCGAGGCAAUAAGAACUUGCAUGAGAGCUUUAUGGACUAUAUCCAGGUCGAAACCCUCGAAGGUGAGAACAAGUACGACGCUGGCGAGCCUUACAAGCUGCAAGAUGCCAAAAAGGGUGUCAUUUUUGAGAGUUUCCCUCCAGUCCUACAUUUACAGCUCAAGAGGUUCGAAUACGACAUCAAUCGAGAUGCGAUGAUGAAAGUCAACGACAGACAUGAAUUUCCCGAAGAGUUCGACGCCUCUCUUUAUCUGUCUGAGGAAGCGAAAGCUGCCUCAACGGAACCUUGGAUAUACCAAUUGCAUGGCGUACUGGUACACAGUGGUGAUUUCAAUGCUGGCCAUUACUAUGCGUUCCUCAAGCCCAAAAAGGAUGGUUAUUUCUACAAGUUCGAUGACGACAGGGUCACUCGAUCCACCAUGAAAGAGGUCCUCGAGGAGAAUUACGGAGGCGAAUAUGCCAACGUGGCAAACGGCGGCCCUGGUCAACGACAACCCUACAUGAGAGGGUACUCCACCAAACGCUCCAUGAACGCAUAUAUGUUGGUGUACAUUCGAAAGAGCAGACUCGACCAAGUUCUCCACGGGGUGCAGGAGUCCGACAUUCCGUCACAUAUUGAACGAAAGAUUACCGAGGAACAGGCAGAAUUCGCUAGAAAGAAGAAAGAACGCGAUGAAGCACAUCUGUAUAUGAAUGUCGGCCUGAUAACAGAGAAGACGUUCCAGGCUCACCACGGUUUCGAUCUGACGAGCUAUGAUCUCGAUCAAAACGAUCCUGCCGCCGCCCAGGUUCAUCGACUGCUUCGUACGACAAAAAUCAGCGAAUUCGCGGCCACUGUGGCUGAGGAACUUGGACUCGGACCCGAUCAGAUCAGAUUUUGGGUCAUGGUCGGCAGACAGAACAAGACGAAUCGUCCAGACCAGCCAAUUCGAGAGGUCGAUAUGUCUAUCGAAGAAGCCAUGAAUAAAUAUGGGUCUAGAGGACGUCCAUUCUAUUUGUGGGCUGAAAGUGCACCGAAAUCUGACGAUGGUAAAGUUCAAUUCCCUGAUACAGGACCAGCAGGGGGAGCCAAUGCUCCGAUUCUCGUCUUCUUGAAAUACUUUGAUGUCAAGGCUCAAAGUUUGACUGGCGUCGGCCAUGUCUAUGUGAGAAAGCUGGACAAAGUCUCGGAGAUUGCGCCACAGAUCAACAAAAUUAUGGGGUGGGAUUCCAGCACGUCGAUACUUUUGUUCGAGGAAAUUAAGUAUUCCAUGAUCGACAUUAUGAAGCCGAAACAGACGUUCCAGCAAUCCGAAAUCCAAGAUGGAGACAUCAUCUGUUUCCAGCAAAAUCUCCCCGAUCUUGACUCUACAACGGCUACCUAUACUGAUGCUCGCCAAUACUACGACUAUCUGCUUAACAGAAUACCCGUCAGCUUCUAUCCCAAACCCGGAACGGAGGGAGAGGCUUUCGUGUUAAGUCUCAGCAAGAAGAUGACUUAUGAUCAAUUUUCUGGUAAAGUCGGAGAAUAUCUCAAGGUCGAUCCCACUCAUAUCCGUUUUGCUACAAUCAGUGCUACCAACAACAAGAUCAAAUUGUGGAUCAAGCGUGGCAUGAACCACAAUCUCCAACAAAUCCUUCAAUCGCAAUCCUCCUACGGCGGUUAUGCCACACAGCGUGGUGAUGCCCUCUACUACGAGGUUCUUGAAACCAGUCUUGCAGACUACGAGACCAAGAAGAUCAUGAAAGUAAUUUGGCUCAGUGAUGGCAUCAGCAAAGAAGAACCACUCGAAAUCCUCGUGGCUAAGAAUGGCAUCAUCGGUGAUCUCGUCAAUGGCAUUGCAAGAAAACUCAACUUAGACGAACAGACCGCGAGGAGUAUCCGCAUUUUGGAGGUCCAUGGGGGAAAGAUACACAAGGAGUUGAUAGAGGACUUCAAUGUCGUCGGCGUCAAUGAGUUCACGACACUCUACGCUGAGAAGAUUCCUGACGAAGAGCUGAACGCAUCUGACGAUGACCGCUUCAUCUACUGUUAUCACUUUGACAAAGAGGCGAACAAGCCGCACGGUGUACCUUUCAAGUUCAUGAUCAAACCCGAAGAGCCAUUGACGGAGACGAAGGAGCGAAUCAGCAAGAGAACAGGCAUCAAGGGCAAACUUCUACAGCAGAUCAAGUUUGCCUUGGUGUCAAGAGCACUGUACGCCAAACCAAGAUAUCUCGAAGAAGACGAUGUCAUCUUUGAUCUCCUUCAAGACGGGGAUGAGAUGCUGGGCCUAGAUCAUGUCAACAAGGCACGAAAUUUCUGGGGCAGAGCCGAAGGCAUGUUCAUUCGAUGAGCUUACAAUGGAAAAGCCUCCUUAUCUAAACGAACGAGCUGUCACACACGAACGUCUGCGCCAUAUCAGCAAGUAUUAUAUGAAGGAUAUCAGCGUCCGCUUCUAAUCCUGUACUAAUGCUGGAGUCCCGAUUUGGGCCUCUUGAAAUGGGCAUGUACCAGGGAUCUGGCACUACGGACUCUUUUUGUGGCCAGGUUGUUGGUUGGCAGCAUCAUCCAGUACCUUGUCGAAUCCCUCUUCCAGUGAAGAUCGAAACUAGACUACCCCAGGCGUCUAGAUUAGAGACUUGUGGGGAGGAAACGUUUGUUGUUGGAAGACAACAAGGGUUGAAAGGGUCUGAGCGAAUUGUCCAUUUCCUUUGCCUAGGAUGGCCUGCGCUGAGGCUGGUUUGUCCUGUUGGUGGUACACAAAAACACAAACAACGUGGAUACUCAGGCUAUGGAUAGUCAAACGAAAUGAUGAGGGUACGAGGCGAUGUGACUUCUAUCUUUCACAAACCGACAGCCAUUCUCUUGUAGUCUUUGUCCCAAAUAUACAUCACUUGUUCCGUGCCCAACGGAUGCGUCGUGCCG